AAUCUGAACAACUAUGGAGUUAUGUUACGGGCGAAUCGGACGAAAAAGACGAAUUGAAAAAACUACGUCAAGACUUGAUAGCGCGUUCCAGGCUAAUUCUGCUGGUAGAUCCAGUGAAUAUAUCGCACGUACAAGAUGCUAAGACUGCCAAAGAUGUCUGGGACAAUUUGGAAAAGGCUUUCGACGAUUCCGGGCUAUCAAGACGCGUUGGUUUGCUACGGACGCUGAUUAGCACGAGGCUAGUCGACUGUAAUAACAUGGAGCAGUACGUAGAUAAAAUAGUAACCACUGCUCACAAGUUGAGAAACGCUAAAUUUGAUCUUAGUGACGAAUGGGUUGGCACAUUGUUAUUGGCGGGUUUGUCAGAAGAAUACAAGCCAAUGAUCAUGGCAAUUGAAAGUGCUAGUACAAUAAUUUCAUCGGAUUUCAUAAACUAA